AAAUUAUCUGGUCAAAAUUUUAACCUUCGCCUUAUCGGUUCAGCAAAAAAAGGACGUGUGAAAUGCAUUCUUCAAUCCUCUCUAGAUAAUGGGUGGAACAAGCUUGAUCAUACUAGAGUUCAACCACCUACCAGCUUAGGACUUGAAGUGAGACCUCGAAUGCUUAGCAUAGAAAAAAAUAAUAAUCCGCUAAGAAUAUCCGUGGAUCAGGAUGUAUUACAAAAAUACGCAGAACUAGUUUUACAAAAGCAUUCUAGCUAUCUUAGGGAUUGGACUAUCGAAGAAAAGGAAGAGACGAAAGAAAACUUCGUAUAUUUUAACCGGAAAGCUCUACUAGAAUGUCCACUAUGUAAACGUAUACAUGACAAGGAUCAGAGGUGGUUCGGCCGUGUAUGCGCUAGCAGUGGGAGGUUCAUCGUAAAAUGCUUUCGGCAGAAUAGUGAUAAACCAGGGGAUGUUUUUGAAUGCGACCCAUCUAUUGCGGAAAAAAUUCAGCAAAAAAAUAAAAAUAUAUCUUUGGCGUCUAGCAUUCGCAAGAUAAAAGGCCCAGGUUUUCCUAAAGCCUUCUUAAAAUUCCCAUCUUGGGUCAAGUAUAAUGAACCCCUUACAGCGACAGAAACAUAUAAAGAGAAAUAUGUAAGAUCAUUACCCAAUGAAGGUGAUAUUUAUAUAGGGUCGCCUUGGGAAACUGGAAAAACAUAUAUUCUCGAACAUCUUACUAUAUCUGACAUUGUGAAUUUGCUAGCAUUAUCUACGCGUCAUUCUUACUCGAAUGCCGUUACUACAAGACUUAAUCUUAAGUCAUAUUGCGAUAUUAAUGGUAAUAUAAAUCUUCCCGAUCACAAGAGGGUAGUAUGCCAGAUAGAAAGCUUACAUCGUAUUACCAAUAAUUGUAAAUGUAAUAAAAAAUGUAAAUGCCCUCCAAUCCAAUAUGAUUUAUGGCUUGAUGAAAUA